AUAGUUAGUGACCCUCAGAUCUUUACGCUUUGUUAUUUGUUUUUUACUUUUUCCAAUCAGAUCGAUCUCUACUUCUCGGCUCCACUCACCGGGCCUCGGCCGGACGAUUUACUUUCGACGGCGCCGGACAUACAGAUUACCGGAAACGGACAUUGUCGUGUUGUGUAGAUUCGGAGCAAACGCUGUUUGGCAGUUGGGGAAAGGAGAACAAAUCAAAGCGAAUUGCGAAGGUGGAGAAGGCAAACGAGAGGAGAAGGAGGAGGAUUAGGCAAGGGAGGAAGAGAUGAAGGGUGGUAUACUUCCGGCGAAGAGGCGAUGGAAAGGUUUGGUGAUUGCGGUGUUGGGUCUCGUUUUACUUUCAUUGCUCGUGCCUCUAGUGUUUCUGCUUGGCCUCCAUAACGGUUUUCACUCUUCGGGAUAUACAACACCACAACAAAGUUCAGCUUCAGUGGGACUUAGAAUCUACGGUCGACAUUAUACUCCUAAGAUUGAGAAUCAGUCGGAGGAUGAUGAGUCAACACAUGUGGAUGACCUAAUGCAAAGAUUGGAACCAACUCUUCCCAAGGAUUUUGGGGAAAAUAUUGUUGUCGGGAAAGCGGAGAACAAGACUGCUGGAUUUCCUUUGUUGGAUGGAUUGCCCAAAGAACGCUUAGGAGUAAAUAGCACAGGUGUUGGCGACUUAACCAAAAAAAGACACAGCACAGGUGUCGGUGACUUGGCAAAUACAAAGCAGAGCACAGGUGCUGGUGACUUGGCAAAAGCAAAGCAGAGCACUGUUGUUGGUGACUUGGGAAAAAAAGAGCAGAGCAGAGAUGUUGGUGACUUGGGAAAAACAAAGCACAGCACAGGUGUUGGUGACUUGGCAACAGCAAAGCAGAGCAUAGGUGCUGGUGACUUGGGGAAAAAAAAGCAGAGCACCAAUGUUGGUUCUACGCCUGGUGCCACUGAGAAUAUCAGAGACAUUGAUGAGGGUGAGAAAUUAUGUGAGCUAAAAUUUGGGAGCUACUGUUUAUGGCGUCGCAAUCAUAAGGAGAAAGUGAAUGAUUUCACUGUUAGAAAGAUGAAAGACUUGUUGUAUGUGGCUCGGGCAUAUUACCCUAGCAUCGCGAAGCUUCCGGCCCUUGACAAGCUGUCGCAUGAAAUGAAGCAAAACAUUCAAGACUUUGAGCGGGUGCUUAGUGUAACUACGGUGGACAAAGAUCUUCCUCCUCUGAUUGAUCAGAAGCUACCUAAGAUGGAAUCUGUAAUUGCUCAAGCAAAGGCAUGCCACGUAGAUUGCAGUAAUGUAGACAAGAAAUUCAGACAACUAGUAGAUCUUACUGAAGAUGAAGCUACUUUCCAUAUGAGACAGAGUGCCUUCCUCUACCAACUAGCUGUUCAAACCAUGCCCAAGAGUCAUCAUUGCCUGUCAAUGCGAUUAACUGUAGAGUAUUUUAGAGACCCUCCUCCUGAUAUUGAUCAGUCAUUGGUAGAGAGACUUUUGAAUCCAGAUCUUCGCCACUUCGUUAUAUUCUCCAGCAAUGUGCUAGCAUCGUCUGCUGUAAUUAACUCCACCGUAACACAUGCAAAAGAAAGUGAGAAUCAAGUAUUUCAUGUGGUAACAGAUAAACAGAAUUACUUUGCCAUGAAGUUAUGGUUCUCGAGGAAUAAGUAUAUGGAGGCGACAGUUGAGGUGUUGAAUAUUGAAGAUCAUAAGCUGGAAAAUAAUAAGGCAUCAACGUCUAUUCAUCUUUCCUUGCCUGAAGAAUAUCGUGUCUCCUUCCACAAGGUUGAUGGGCCGCCAACAACAGAAUACCUGUCUGUUUUUUCGCAUUCCCAUUAUCUUCUUCCUGAGAUAUUCCCUAGUUUGAAGAAAGUCGUUGUCUUGGAUGAUGACAUUAUUGUGCAAAGAGACUUGUCAGUCUUAUGGGGCAUCAAUAUGGACGGGAAAGUGAAUGGUGCGGUUCAGUGCUGCUCAGUUAGACUGAUUCAACUGCAGAAACUUUUUGCUGACAAGAGAUUGGAUGAAACAUCUUGUGCUUGGAUGUCUGGAUUAAAUGUUAUUGAUCUAGUGAGGUGGAGGGAACAAGAUAUUUCUGGAACAUAUCUGAAGUUGGUAACAGAGAUGAAUUCAGAAGAGGCUGUUACAUUGCGUGCAAGCUUGCUUACUUUUCAGGGUGAAGUUUACGCUCUUGAUGAUAAGUGGGUAUUAUCAGGACUGGGUUAUAACUAUGGAGUUGAUAUUGAAUCUGUUAAGAAUGCGAGAGUACUGCAUUAUAAUGGUAACAUGAAACCUUGGCUUGAGUUGGGCAUCCGUGAUUAUACAGUUUCCUGGCGGACGUUCCUAAACCAGGAAAAUCAGUUUUUAAGUGAUUGCAAUAUUAACUAGUAUAUUAUGGGCUAAUACCUGCAUUUGCUGCUGAAGUUUCAUGAAGGUAUGGGUGACAAAGUUUACACAAGUUUUCCUGUUUGUGAUCUUGUGUAGAACCGUAUCUGAGGUAGGGGUACUGAGUAUAGUUUGGUGUGUAUAUCUCUAUUGUUUGGUUAAUGAAGGAAAUUUGUUUAACCUCGAGGCAAUGCAAGAGUGAUGCAUAAUACUUGUCAGUGAUGGAUUGAUAGUAAGGCAUGGACAACUUUUAAUGGGUUAGGCAUACACCUUCAUCAGCUAUUUUUUGUUGGGAGCUGUUAGCAUAUGAGGAGAUUGCCCGAAACUAUCUCUGAAGAGCUGGAUAUCAACUUAGCCUCCUAUGAAUCUUGUAUACAUGCAUACCCUGGGUUAAAUAUAGUUCUACUGAAAUCAGGUGACGAGUACUUGGACCCUUGCCUCACCUGUGAUGACCAUCUUGGAUCCGCUGUGAUGUGUGAUAUUGCCAUUGACACGUUCAGUGAAUUCUUCCUUGUAGAAUUGGGUCUUUUUUGAAAUACAUUCUUUCUUAGCAUUGAUCAGGCAUCUCAUUGUUUUUAACCUUUGCACUAUAGCUACUGGAGACCUGCCAUUGCUGCUAAAAUAUAUUUAGUGUUAAACAUAAUACAAUAUUGUUUACCUUAAUAACUUUUUUUUGACAAA